UGUAACUGCCUACAAUAACUAAAAAAAAAAUAGUAAUUAUUAAGCAUAUAAAAAGCAACGGCAUCAUGUAUGAACAACGUGUAUAAGUGUCUCCGUAUGUGUACAAGUAUAGCAUUUCAAAAACCACUUCAAUUUAGUGGGAAAGCAAUAAAAAAAUAUAUGGCUGUGUGAAAUCUAAAGUAAAAAUAAAUCGAGUGCAAUUUCUAUCGCUUAUUACCCUAAAGCUCCCUGCCAAUUACUUCUUUGUUGACAGAAACCAGAGUUUCGUGUUGACCUCAAGACCAACGCAAAUCACAUGUUUGUAGACAUUUCUCUCUCUUUUUUUCAUUUAAUGCUAAAGUGAACCGGUUCUGCAACGAAUAGCCGUUACAGUAAUUAAUUUUUGCACCACCCCCCUGGCCAUAAGCAUUGCCAUCAAUCAUCAUGUCUCGGCAUAAUUGCUAUUUGAUGCUUGAGGACUCGACUGUUUUUCCGGGUCACGCUUUCGGUGCCAAGGCCACUGUUGAUGGCGAAGUUGUGUUUCAAACUGGCAUGGUUGGUUAUCCCGAGUCCAUGACAGAUCGUUCAUAUCGUGCCCAGAUUUUAGUUCUUACCUAUCCCUUGAUAGGUAAUUAUGGUGUACCCGAUUUUAAGGAAAAAGAUGAGAGUGGUUUGCCCAAACACUUCGAAUGGUUGGAGGGUAUUUCGGUGGCUGCCUUAGUAGUGGGUGAGGUGUGUGAGCAGCCUUCACAUUGGCGGUCCAUGCAGACUUUGUCGCAAUGGAUGCAGUCGCAUGGAGUGCCGGGCAUUGGUGGCAUAGAUACUCGUGCCUUGACCAAGAAGAUACGUGAAAAUGGUUCCAUUUUGGGACGCAUUGUCUACGAGUGCACCGAGCGCUUCGAUGAGCUGACAUUUUCUGAUCCCAAUAUAAGAAAUUUGGUGGCCGAGUGUUCGGUUAGGAAGCCGUUGGUGUUUAAUGAGACAGGCUCGCCACGCAUCUGUGCAGUGGAUUGUGGCCUCAAAUUGAAUCAAAUCAAAUGUUUUGUGAAGCGUGGUGCUCGUGUGGAGCUGGUGCCCUGGAAUCAUGAUUUGGAUGAGAGCACAUUUGAUGGCCUGUUUAUUUCGAAUGGUCCCGGCGAUCCGGUGGUCUGCAAGGACACUGUGGGGCAGAUACAAAAGGUCUUGAAGUCGGGCAAGAAGCCCAUAUUUGGCAUAUGUCUGGGCCAUCAGUUGCUGUCCACGGCCAUCGGUUGUAAGACCUAUAAAAUGAAAUACGGCAAUCGUGGUCACAAUCUGCCUUGUAUCCACCAUGGCAGCGGGCGCUGUUUUAUGACCUCACAAAAUCAUGGAUUUGCUGUGGACACCGAUACAUUGCCCGUGGAAUGGGAGCCUUUGUUCACCAAUGCCAAUGACAAUACCAAUGAGGGUAUCAUCCACAAGCACAAACCCUACUUUUCGGUGCAAUUCCAUCCCGAGCAUACUGCUGGCCCUGAGGAUCUGGAAUUACUUUUCGAUGUCUUCUUGGAUGCUAUCAAAAAACCUGCCAUAGCGGGAAAAUCCUUAAGCUUGCGCCAACAGUUGACUCAACGUCUGAUGUAUUCACCCAAGCCCGAGUCCCUGUUGGAGAAGAGACCUCGAAAAGUUUUGAUUUUGGGCUCUGGUGGUCUAUCCAUAGGCCAGGCGGGCGAAUUUGAUUAUUCUGGUUCUCAGGCCAUUAAGGCCAUGAAGGAGGAAAAAAUACAAACGGUGCUCAUCAAUCCCAACAUAGCCACUGUGCAGACUUCCAAGGGCUUGGCAGAUAAGUGCUACUUCUUGCCUUUGACGCCUGAAUAUGUGGAGCAGGUCAUCAAGGCCGAAAGACCCAAUGGAGUGCUCUUGACCUUCGGAGGACAAACCGCCUUGAAUUGUGGUGUGGAGCUGGAGCGCUCUGGGGUGUUUUCCAAAUAUAAUGUCAAGAUUUUGGGCACACCCAUCAAAUCUAUUAUUGAGACCGAGGAUCGUAAGAUUUUUGCCGAGCGCGUCAAUGAAAUCGGAGAACAGGUGGCUCCCUCGGAAGCGGUCUAUUCGGUGGAGGAGGCUUUGAAGGCGGCCCAGCGCAUAGGAUAUCCUGUAAUGGCCAGAGCUGCCUUUUCCCUGGGUGGGCUGGGUUCUGGAUUUGCCGACAGCGAAGAGGAGCUCGAGAUCCUGGCCCGCCAGGCCUUGGCCCAUUCCAGCCAAUUGAUUAUUGACAAGUCCCUAAAGGGCUGGAAGGAGGUGGAGUAUGAGGUGGUGCGAGAUGCCUUUGACAAUUGCAUAACGGUGUGCAACAUGGAGAAUCUGGAUCCUUUGGGCAUUCAUACGGGCGAAAGCAUUGUGGUGGCUCCCUCACAGACUCUCAACAACAGGGAGUACAAUAUGCUGCGUUCCACAGCCCUAAAGGUCAUACGGCAUUUUGGUGUGGUGGGUGAAUGCAACAUCCAGUAUGCCUUGAAUCCCCAUUCCGAGGAGUACUACAUCAUUGAAGUGAAUGCCCGUCUGUCACGCAGUUCUGCCUUGGCCAGCAAGGCCACUGGAUAUCCCUUGGCCUAUGUGGCUGCCAAGUUGUCGUUGGGUGUGCCCCUGCCCUCCAUAAAGAACUCUGUGACGGGAGUGACCACUGCCUGCUUUGAACCCUCGCUGGAUUAUUGUGUGGUCAAGAUACCACGUUGGGAUUUGGCCAAGUUUAUACGUGUCAGCAAGAACAUAGGCAGCUCCAUGAAGAGUGUGGGCGAGGUCAUGGCCAUUGGCCGCAAUUUCGAGGAGGCUUUUCAGAAGGCCCUACGUAUGGUGGAUAAUGCAGUGACAGGCUUUGAUCCCCAUCUGCAGCAGGUAAAUGUGGAAGAGCUGAAGGAACCCACCGACAAGAGACCCUUUGUCCUGGCCGCCGCCCUCAAAGCCGACUACUCGGUGGAUGAAUUGCAUUCGCUGACCAAAAUCGAUCGCUGGUUCCUGAAUAAAAUGCAGAACAUCAUUCAGUUCUACAAUCAAUUGGAGGAAUCUGGCAGCACUCUAACCAUAGAGCAACUGUGGCAAGCCAAACGUAUGGGUUUUUCCGACAAACAAUUGGCGGAAGCCAUAAAGGUCACCGAAUUGGCCAUACGCCAGCAGCGCAAAGAGGCCGGCAUCGUACCAUUUGUCAAGCAAAUCGAUACUGUGGCCGGGGAGUGGCCAGCAGCCACCAAUUACCUCUAUCUCACCUAUAAUGCGUCGGAAAAUGACAUCGAGUUUCCUGGAGGCUACACCAUAGUGGUGGGUUCUGGUGUCUAUCGCAUUGGCUCCUCGGUGGAAUUUGAUUGGUGUGCCGUGGGCUGUCUGAGAGAGCUGCGAAAUCUUGGCAAGGCUACCAUCAUGAUCAACUACAACCCGGAGACGGUGUCCACCGACUAUGAUAUGUGUGACCGUUUGUAUUUCGAGGAGAUCAGUUUUGAAGUAGUCAUGGACAUCUAUGAACUGGAGCAUUCCGAGGGCAUCAUCCUCUCUAUGGGUGGUCAGCUGCCCAAUAAUAUAGCCAUGGACUUACAUCGCCAGCAGGCCAAGGUGCUGGGCACCUCUCCCGAAUCCAUAGAUUCGGCAGAGAAUCGUUUUAAAUUCUCCCGCAUGUUGGAUCGCAAAGGCAUUCUACAGCCUCGCUGGAAAGAGCUAACCAAUCAUGAAAGUGCCAUCAAAUUCUGUGAGGAAGUGGGUUAUCCCUGUCUUGUCCGGCCUUCCUAUGUUCUCUCCGGGGCAGCCAUGAAUGUGGCCUAUUCGGAUCAAGAUCUGCUGACUUAUCUCAGUGCUGCCUCGCUGGUUAGUAAAGAACAUCCGGUGGUUAUAUCAAAAUUCCUUACCGAAGCCAAGGAAAUCGAUGUGGAUGCUGUGGCCGCGGAUGGUGAAAUUUUAUGCAUGGCCGUUUCGGAGCAUGUGGAGAAUGCCGGCGUUCACUCGGGCGAUGCUACCUUGGUGACACCACCCCAGGAUUUGAACGCCGAAACUUUGGAGAAUAUCAAGAGAAUAACCAGUGAUCUGGCUGGCCUCUUAGAUGUAACGGGUCCAUUCAAUAUGCAGAUUAUAGCCAAAAAUAAUGAACUCAAGGUUAUUGAGUGUAAUGUUCGUGUUUCCCGCUCCUUCCCCUUUGUCUCCAAGACGUUGAACCAUGAUUUUGUGGCCACUGCCACCAGGGCCAUUAUGGGCUUGCCAGUGGAGCCGAUAGACGUUUUACAUGGCGUAGGCAAGGUGGGCGUCAAAGUGCCCCAAUUCAGUUUUUCGCGCCUGGCCGGUGCCGAUGUGCAGUUGGGUGUAGAAAUGGCCUCCACCGGAGAGGUGGCCUGCUUUGGUGAUAAUCGUUACGAGGCCUAUUUGAAGGGUAUGAUGUCCACUGGGUUCCAGAUACCCAAAAAAGCCAUACUUUUGUCUAUUGGAAGUUUCAAGCAUAAAAUGGAACUUUUACCUUCCAUUCGAGAUCUGGCUAAGAUGGGCUAUAAACUGUAUGCUUCCAUGGGUACGGGAGAUUUUUAUGUGGAACAUGGAGUAAAGGUGGAAUGCGUUCAGUGGACUUUCGAUAAAAAUGUUACCGACGAUCUUAGUGGAGGUGAGCUUAUGCACUUGGCCGAGUUCUUAUCCCAGAAGCAAUUCGAUAUGAUAAUCAAUCUACCCAUGAGAGGAGGGGGAGCUAGAAGAGUUUCCUCCUUCAUGACCCAUGGCUAUCGCACACGACGCCUUGCCGUCGAUUACUCCAUUCCCCUGGUCACCGAUGUGAAGUGCACUAAACUAUUGGUAGAAUCUAUGCGAGUGACUGGUCGCAGGCCUGCCAUGAAGACCCAUACAGAUUGCAUGACCUCAAGGCGAAUGGUAACGCUGCCAGGCUUUAUAGAUGUUCAUGUACAUCUCCGAGAACCAGGAGCCACACACAAAGAGGACUUUGCCAGUGGCACAGCUGCCGCUUUAGCUGGAGGUGUUACCAUGGUUUGUGCCAUGCCCAACACCAAUCCCUCCAUAGUGGAUCGUACCAGCUUUUCACUGUUCCAAGAAUUGGCCAAGAUUGGGGCACGCUGCGAUUAUGCCCUCUUUGUGGGAGCAUCGGACAACAAUUGGCAGCAUAUCCAUGAGUUGGCCGCCCAGGCGGCAGGAUUAAAGAUGUAUUUGAAUGACACUUUCAGUACUUUGAAAAUGACCGAUAUGACCAUUUGGGAGAAGCACAUGCAGCAUUGGCCGAAGCGUGCUCCCAUUGUUUGCCACGCCGAAAGACAGACCAUGGGUGCUGUGAUACUAAUGGCCCAUCUCAUGGAUCGAGCUGUCCACAUCUGCCAUUUGGCUCGCAAGGAGGAGAUAAUGAUUGUCAAGGCAGCCAAGGAGAAGGGCAUGCGAGUGACUUGCGAGGUGUGUCCCCAUCAUUUGUUUUUGUCCACCAAGGAUGUACCGCUCAUAGGGUCAGGGCGAGCUGAAGUAAGGCCCGUCUUAUGUUCUCCCGAAGAUCAAAAGGCCUUGUGGGAUAAUCUGGAGUACAUAGACGUUUUCGCCACGGAUCAUGCUCCCCACACUUGGGAAGAGAAAAAUUCAGAGAGUCCUCCUCCAGGAUUCCCAGGAUUGGAAUCUAUACUGCCUUUGCUGUUGCAGGCAGUGGAUGAGGGACGUCUAGCGCUGGAUGACAUCAAAAAUAAAUUCUAUCGCAAUCCCAAGAGGAUAUUCAGUUUGCCAGAUCAACCCAAUACCUAUGUGGAGGUGGAUUUGGAUGAGGAGUGGGUGAUAUCGAAAGACUUUAUGCACUCCAAGUCCAAAUGGACGCCUUUCCAGGGCACCAAGGUCAAGGGCAAGGUGCAUCGGGUGGUAUUGCGCGGCGAAGUGGCCUUUAUAGACGGUGAGGUGUUGGUGCAACCCGGCUUUGGACAAAAUGUGCGCAGCCAAUAUAAUCUCGCCAAGCCCAUGGAAAUGUUGGAGAUUAAGACCUCGUGCGAUAACUUGGAAAAUAUAAAAGCCUUGGAUCGCAGCACUGAGUUCGUCUCUGAUUCACAGGCCAAUGAGGCCUUCUCUAGAUUGCUCUCCGAGACUCCUUCGAAGGUUCACUUUUCGGGAGAUCCCAGCUUUUUGCGUCCCAUAUCUCCAUUGCCUCGCAUUCGUUGUGAUUCGGCCAGCAAUGCCACACUGCGAGAACUUAUACAGAAAAAUUCUGCCUUAAAUGCUCCCAUUUCACCAGUGGCGCCCACUUUGCUGGGACGCCAUGUCUUGUCGGUGGAUAUGUUUAGCAAAGAGCAAUUGAAUGAUAUCUUCAAUUUGGCCCAAAUGUUGAAGAGUCGAGUGUCCAAGGAUCGCCCUGUCGACGAUUUGCUGAAGGGUAAAAUAAUGGCCUCCGUCUUCUAUGAGGUCAGCACCAGAACUUCAUGCAGCUUUGCAGCAGCCAUGCAACGCUUGGGAGGACGUGUCAUUUAUAUGGAUGAGACAAGUUCCUCGGUGAAAAAGGGCGAGACAUUGGAGGACAGCAUUGCCGUUAUGGCAGGAUAUUCCGAUGUGGUGGUGCUAAGGCAUCCCGAGCCGGGCGCAGUGGGUCGCGCCGCUUUACACUCACGCAAACCCCUCAUCAAUGCCGGCGAUGGUGUGGGCGAACACCCCACACAGGCCUUACUUGACAUCUUUACCAUACGCGAAGAGAUAGGCACUGUCAAUGGUUUGACUAUUACCAUGGUUGGUGAUUUAAAACAUGGCCGUACUGUACAUUCUUUGGCCCGCCUAUUGACUUUGUAUAAUGUUACCAUACAAUAUGUCAGCCCGGAUAGUUUACGCAUGCCUAAUCACAUAAUGGAUUAUCUAUCAUCAAAGGGCAUUAGCCAAAAGACCCUGGAUAGUCUAGAGGAUGCUUUGCCCACCACAGAUGUUUUGUAUAUGACACGCAUACAAAGAGAACGCUUUGCCACCGAGGAGGAAUAUGAAAGGUGCUGCGGCAAAUUCAUAGUCACACCGAAACUAAUGACACGCGCCAGUCGCCGCACCAUAGUCAUGCAUCCUUUGCCUCGUGUCUUUGAGAUAAGCAAAGAUUUCGAUUCGGAUCCUAGAGCAGCUUACUUCCGUCAAGCGGAAUAUGGCAUGUACAUUCGCAUGGCCCUUUUGGCCAUGGUGGUGGGUUGUCGCAACUGAUAUGAAGCACCACAAACGCCGCCGCCGCCGGCGCCAAAUAUUGCAGAAGAAGGACGACUGUGACUUUGAUGUUUUUCAGAAACCAACUUUUCCAUUAACCGAAAACAGGACACAUGAAUACACUUAUGAAGUGUGACAUCCAGUUCAUUUUAACCAUUUUUUCUAUACAAUUUUUAUAUGAAUCUAACCUACAUACUAAACCUAACCUACAUACUAAUCUAACCUACUAUACUAAAGUUAGUUGAUAAGAUAAAACGUCAAAAAAUUUUUGAUACGCUGAAAUAA